AUGGCGUCCGGUUCCACCGCCCGCGACAUGGUUGACUCUACCGCCGCUACCAUUGCGUCCGCUUCCACCACCGGCGACAUGGUCGACUCUACCGCCGUCAAUGAUACGACCGGUCCUUCCACAACUGCCAAUGCAAUCGCGCRGUUGUCCGCGCACCAGCUCGAGGCUCUGGAUGGCCUGGUUGUGGGCGACCUUCUCUUCAUCGUUGCAGUCGAUGACGAUGCCGCGGAGGACGAUGCGCGCGAGAGCGACGAAGAUGAGGGGCAGGAUUCCGAGGASGUGGACGGAGACGAUGAGGAGCAGACACACGACGAUGCCGACAGCGCUGCUGAGGGCGACGUUGAGGGCGACGAUGAGGGUGACGAUGAUGGCGAAGACGAGGAGGAUACCAGCAGCGCCGGCGAGAACAACGAGGAUGAAGACGAGAGCGCGGACGAUAACACUGACCCCGACACUGCCGCAGCGCUCGCCCACGUUGAUACACCACCAAGCUUGUUCAUCGUCACUGACAUCAUUUCCGACGACGGAGGUGUCAUCAAGGACGUGAAGUUGAAGAAGCUGACAUACUCUCAAGUCGCCGAGGUGGACAAGUGCCACAGCUUUCAAGUGUACGGCAACGAAAUCGUUCACCAUGACGAUCCCAAGGCAUGCAACCAGUGCAAAGACACUCUUAGCAUCGCCGACACCGUACCAACCCCAGACCACCUGAUAAUCAACUCUCCACAGGGCGACUACGUCCGCCAUGCAGACCAUACCAUCGCAUCGAAUGCCCGCCAACAAUGUAUUCCCGAGUGCAGGAACGGCUGGCUCCCAGAUCGUGGGGUUGUGAACUUAUUGAUCGCUGGCCAUGACUCGCCGAUCCUCGCCUGGAAUGGCGACCUUGAGAUGGACCUGCAGCAUUCAGUCUGCCCUGUCUGUGUCGGCCUCGACCUCUUCAAGGCUCAAGAAGCUCUCCAAUUGGCUCUACUCACCAACGGUCAUUCGAACUUCGACGCGAUAGUAGAUCAUGCGGGCGACCUGAACGCGCGCCGUGCCGCCCUUGGCUAUCCUUUCUGCCAGUUCGAUGAGCGCUUGUGGGGGUUCUACUUUGACGACAUGGAUGGUGAAGAUGGUGGAGGCGAUGGUGGAAUGGACGGAGGUUGGAACSACCCGUACGAGCAYUUUCCAGAAGCACUGGACCCAAACGCAUACAUCAGGAUGAACCCAGCGAGCGAGGCUACCAUCCAGGCACUCCCACGAAAGCUCUUCGUCGAGACGGGCAGCAGCGCUGCUGAGUGCGCCGUUUGCAUGGACCCGCUCAAGAAGGAGUCCGUGGUCAUCGUGUUGCCGUGCGGACAUUCGGAACAUCAUGCCGAGUGUUUGGAGUUGUGGUUGAGGCAGCAGGAGACUUGCACGGUGUGUCGGAGGGUUGUACCUACUGCGAAAGCGGUUGGAGGGGCUAUGGUUGAGCAGGAAGAGGACAACUCUGAGGAGGCGAUCGAGCCCACCACUCCCGCGCUCCACGAUGAUGUCGACAUGCAUCCUGGCUUUCCCGGCCCAAGCAAAGACGCAGCUGAAGGCAACAUUACGGUGCCACAAGUGUUGCCUUCUUUGAGCUGGGCCACAGCGGAUGACGAUUCGAUCAUGUCGGAUGAGUAG